CUCAGCAAUUCCAAUUACUUGAUCUCUUGCGGGUUUGUAAUCACUUGCUGCAGCAUUCUUCUUGUCCCGAGCAGCAAUCCCUCGGCCACGCCGGGUUGACCUUCGUCUCUUCCCCGCCUUUGGAAUCCAUCCCACCGGGUGACCUUGCGCUCGUUCGAAUCCGUCGCUGGUCCAACCCGUUCCAGCCUCUCUUUGUCAUUCCACUCGUGGUGUGCAUCCUGGUCCACCUUCGCUUCGAGGGGAAGAACUUGUUUCCUCAGGAGACUUGCGCCGCAAUUACCUGUGCCCAACACACUGCUUAUUUCUUUUCUUCUCUUCUCGUGUUGUGAUUGACCGAGUUCUUACCAAAGCCUGCUUGCGGCCGUGGUACGAUCAGACCUACCUGCGGGCGGGGUAAGGCCAUUUGCACACUCAUCUCACCUAUAAGCCCAGACCCUCUGCUCGGUUUACUACUCGGCACACUCUCAGCUGAUGCUGCUCUGGGCUAGUUAUCAUGCCUCUCGAUGAAGAAGGGGCCAAAUGGUCUUGUGAGCCAUGUAUCCGUGGCCAUCGGUCCUCGAAAUGCCAGCACUUCGACAGGAUGAUGAUGAAGGUCCCAAAGGCCGGACGGCCGCUUGCUAGAUGCCCUCAUCCGAAGGGAACUUGCAGCUGCCAGAAAUUAUAUGCGUUCAUGAUCCGCAUUCCCAAAGGCUCGACUUGCUUGUGCAGACCAGUGUACCAAGUACCUGCUGAUGCAGCGGAAUCUGCUUCAACCACCCCGAUUCCUGCUCCUCCGAUACCGAUUGCUGCUCCCAAUAAAAUUCAGAAACCCAUUAAACGACAGGUCAAGACGGCCCCAGAGAAUCUUACCAAAGCCUUGAACUCCAUAUCAGAAUUCGGAAACCAGCAAUUGGAACAUGGAAAAUUGGGCCGACCAUCCCCUUAUACGGCUCAGGAACAACGUUUGAGCAGUUCAUAUGAUAUCAUCAAGCAAGAACCAACUCCCUCGCACAAGGCCUUCGAGCGCGCUAGCGAAGAUAAGGCGCCGCAGGGCGGCAGCUGUUGCUCUCGCAAGCCCCAACCCCCACAGACUAUAACUCCGGAUGUUCAAGCUCCCGCAGUUCAGCGUUCCUGUUGUAGCAAGUCCAAGCCGGCGGCACAAGACGUCGAGAAGGAAGGCAGCAUUCUUGACAGUUCUGAUUACUUCCACCCUCCAGUCUUUGACACUGAUAACGCAAGAUACACCCCGAAUUCUAUUCCUCAAGUUUCGACAUGGCAGGAUUUCCAAGCAGCGAAGCAGAGCCAGUACAUGCAGCCUUUCGCAUUGCCCGUAUCCGAGUCCGGUUAUCUUCCCAUGGCCGGACCUGCCGCAGAUAUUCGUCCUAAGCCACUAGACUUCCAGCAUCCGCAUGCUUUCAACAACUAUGAUCUCUUCAGCAAUCAGACUUCGCAGCCGCCGUCGGAGAAUACGCAGAAUGUCGUUGCAGAUCCAAAAUGUACUGCUAGCGAAGUCGCCCAUGAUUGUAGCUGUGGCGAUGGUUGUCAAUGUCUGGGCUGCGCGUCUCACCCGUUCAACAACACUACCCGACAGCAUGUCCAACAAAUGGGCCUCCUGGUGGCCCUGAAUGAUGAUGAGCAAAGCCCCGAAAGGCUGAACAGUCAUAGAGGCUCCCCUCUGCAAAGUCAACCACCGGACUUCUCAUCAUUACAAUAUUCGUUCACAAACUUCGGAAAUCCUUUGGGUGAAGGCUUUCACCCCGUUGCAAUGCACCCAUAUGCCCAACAGAGUACGGAUCCGGGUCACGUAAAUAAAGGCUAUUCAUCUCCACCUGCGGAUUAUCUAGGACAGCAGCUCAUGGUGCCGUCAGAGUACUAUACUCUCGAGUACCCAGUGGGGCUGCCUAGUGCUUGCGUCGAUACAACUGGAAGUUGCCAGUGCGGGAAUGACUGUACCUGUGUUGGCUGUCUCACCCACAGCGGACACAAUGGGCUGCCUCUUGAGCCCGCCAUGCCCGAGAGCAAUUGGGACCACAUGAAUCUUCCAGGUUUCUCCAUGGACGCCGCUGGGCACAGCACGUCGCAGAUGCCCGUGAUGGAUAACUUUGUCGCUCAUUCGAACUCGAUGCUGUAGUACCCCGCUUUUCAGCUGCAGUUGGAUGCAACGCGACUCCACCUUUCUCUCACUCUUAUGCCCUUCCUUUGCUUUUCCUGCGAUCAAGUUUUUACUCGGAUGACCGAUGCUUGUUCAUGAUACCCCUUUCACAUAGACGUUGGAUGAUAGAGGAUACAAAAGUCUUUUCGUCCUCUCUAUUAUUGUAUAUAUUCCUGAGCCAUUACUUGCGUUUGUCUAGAGUCUCAAAAGCACGGACCAAUCUCCUCCCCCAGCUCUGCGAGCCCUUGUUUUUCUCUUAUCGCCUUGUGUUCUAUGCUGAUUGGCACAACAUCUGUAAGAACUAUCGUAAAAGAGACUUAGGUCUGGACCUAACGCAGCAAACUGGAGAGAAGCCCAGGUGUCUUGUAGUGUGAUCGUGUGAUCAGACAGACGGUCCUUGAUGCUAAUGAAUAGCUACUAUAAAAGCAACAUUACAGAUGCCUCGACAGAUUUAAGAGUGGUAGCAUAACGAUGAAUUGGAUGCUAAAGUAGGAAAAAGUCUAGAGAGACCAUUUCAAAC